UAACUCUUGUCUCAUAUGAAAAACCCAGACUUCAAGUUGCGUGGAUCCCCUCUAAUCCCUCACAUUCCUUCCCGAAGUGGUGCAAAUUCAAAAUCGAUUUACUGCUGCCGUACUCUGAAGCGGAAGAAGUCCAGGUUCAAUCGACAUGAAUACGUACAGAAAUAAGAUCAAAGAAGACUUUAUGUACUCGUUCGAGGCCCUUUGCGGUUACUCGAAGUUCCUCACUGAGAUGUACGGAUAUGAUAAGAGCUACGUCAAGAAUAAAAAUGAUGUUGAAGUAGACACAUUUUAUAUGAAAGACAAAAACAUCGAGCUGAAGCUGAUGGACACUAUUCUAUUCAAUACAGAGUCUAAGACGAUGUUUACACCUCAGAAAUGGAUUUUCACAGACUUAAUGGGCAACUUACACUAUAAGGACCUGAAAUAACCUGAAUCUGUCUAACAUAAUAAAAGUAUUUUUCAUUAACUCGAGUCUUGGCAAGAAUGCCUUCGAAUACUCAAAUGAGGACUUAAUGGAGUUCAUCCAGAAAUAACAGCCUUGAUUCCAUUGCUCUGGUUAUGAACAAGAAUAAGAGAUAUUUCUUGAAUGUAUCAGACUUCUCUACAAUAAAAAAUAAGUUUCCUGAAGGAAUAGAUGCCUUACAGCUGUUCAGAAUACCUACGAGAAAACACCUGGGGUCCUUCUUUUGUGUCCAAUAUUCCAAGAGGAACUGAAACUUCUUUACGAUGGACAAGGUCAAGCUGCACCGUCUCCUGACUAUCAAGAAGAGUAAGAAAAUGCCUAUUGAAGAACGGACCAAGAAUAUCGUGAUCUUUAACUACUUCAAGCGUGCUUUUAAAAGCCAGAAAUAUUUCCAACUUACUGAACAAGAGCAGGACCAUAUCCAAUCGAAGAAGAAGGAUCUCAAUGCCAAGGUAACCAAAGUGGUUAGAGCUAUUGAGACUACUAAAGAUAAUAUUGUGCAAAGCCUAACUUGUAUCUUCCUUCUGGAAGAGAAUAUGAGCACCUUCUGGUACGUUACAACAGAGGACAUCAAUGUGUGGGAUAAGAAACCAACGAGGAUGAAGAGCGCUAUUCCCAAGGUCCAUAAGACAAAAAGUAACUUUCAAAGCAAAGCAGCGGCUAAUGAAACCACUUACGAAACCAAUGUUCCUCAAUUUGAAAACUACGAACUCAAUAGGAAGAAUCUCCAGACUCAAGGGAAUGAAAUCUCUGAUGCUUAUAAUCUGCUUGGCAACUGAGAAAAAGACUCUCACAAUGACUCAAAAAGCGAGACUAGAGAAUCGAUGCAGGCAAAGAUUAACGAGAAGAACUACCAAUGUUUUAUGGUCAAACCCAAAGGACAGCAAAAAGAUAGCAAAAAGUCUUCAAUAGAAGACCUAUUAGGCAUCACCAGGAUGGAUAAGAACAAAAGUGGUUCUGAGCUCUAUCUCAGUCGCCGGAGUGAGCUAGAAGUCUAUCGCUCAUACUCAAAUGAGAAACCUAGUAGAGCUCAGGGCUAUAUAAAGAGAUGCUACUCUUCUAAAUCUCAGAAGAGAAAACAAAGCAUUCACAGAAGGAAAAAGGCUCAUAGUAGACUCAGUAUCAGGAGAAAUAGGGUCCUACAGAACUUGAACAAGAGAGAUGCGUGGAAAGAGAAGAACAAAAGCGUGUCUCAGGUGUAUCCAGAGUCCUUUCCUACAGGAGUUAGGAGGGAAAAGCACAUAGGAACAUCUGACAAAGGGAUGAAUACUAUUUCAAUCUCUCAGAACCCGUACCGGCCAACAACAUCGAAGAAAAAGAGUUCAAGGAAGAGUUCUAAGAAGACUUCGAUACGUAGUUCAAUAGCAGACCCAAAGAUCAACCUUCAGCUCAAAAAUGGGGAAAUCUUUGAAAAGGAAUACACAAUCAACGAUCUCAACGACAAUGAUGAGAUUGAUUUAGUUCAUGAAAGAAGCACAAUAGAUAUUGCUGAGGAGCCAAACAUCUUAGAGAAAAUAGAAGCUCAUAAUGAGUACCUAAUGGACUUAGAGAAGGACACCUCUGAAUAUGUCAUCAUUGAUAGAAGGAAGAAGUCUAAUAUGAAGAUCAAAGGCUCCUUAUUUAACAUCAAUAUUAGAGAAAAUAACCACUCUGCUAGUUUCAUCAAACAUGAUAGGGAUAACUCAGGAGGUCUCACAAUCAAUGAUUCAAAGUUUAGAGAGAGGAUGAACAUGUCAGGAGGGAUGAGGAGAGCAAGAAGAGAUAGUAAAGAUAGCGUAUACUCAAGCCAUAUCCCUUCUUCUCUUAAGGGAGCUCUUAGCACGUAUUCCAAAAGACCUCAAACCUCCCAUUACAAUACAAAUGAAAUAUAAUGUUUCCAAGUAA